AUGCAAAGGGAAGGUGAAAAAGGGCCAAUUACUGGGCGUUCUGUAAGCGAUAUUGAAGAAACAACUGCAAAAAAAUUAGAACCUGUUUUUGAAGAGUUUCGAAAAGUUUUAAGUCAUAUCUACUAUUGGAUAUCGAAUUUGAUUAACAGCUCUAUGGAAUUGAUUCUUGGCUUAUACAACAAAAUUCGUCAAUUUGUUCAACCCGUAAUUAAUUUAAUUAAUGAAAAAUUUAUGAAAAUUUGGAAUAAUUUUCCCCCUUUUCGUUGGCUUGUUUAUUCCGUGAUGAUCUUCAAUGCGAUUCCUUUUACAAUAUUUUUGGCGUGGGGAAUUUUUACUUUAGCUAUUAGUUUAGCAAUUGCUGGAGGUGGAAUUAUGAUCACGGAAGGAUUUUUUAUCUUAUUGGGAUUAUCAAUUUUUUUACCUGUAGCAUUUGUACUUUCAUUUAUUUCAUUCGGAUUCGCAUUAUUUUUAACUUUGGCUUGGUUUGGAUUUAAAGUUGGAAAUACUGUUAGUCGUAGUAUUGGAUUAACAUCUCAAGAAAUGGUGGUUGAUGUUAAAGGAGUUGUUGCUGGUACAAUGAGAUUAAUCGGAGUCGGUGGAGAUACAAGACAUGCAUAA